GACACCGGACAGUCGACCAUGGCCAAUACAGCGAUGGUGCAGCCUGUCCGCCGUUGUGUUGCGGCGCUGUUGUUGCUGUCGCCGCUGAUGGCGUCCGCGGCCGUCGUCGGACCUUACGGACAUCUGGAACAACAGCAUCGGCGGCCCGACACAGAGCUUCCCGCAUUGUCGGCGGCGGCGGCUGCGGCCACGGCCACCAGGCACAAGAGGUGGUCGACCACGUUCGGUAGCACGCAAAGCAAGAACAUUUCAGUUCCUGCGGCCAUUCGAGAGUGUAGUACAGAUUCGGAUUGUCUAGACACACAUUACACUUCUUGUGCAGUGGACUCGACUGACAGAAAAAGAAGAUGUCUCUGUGCGGACGGCAAACAACCGAGUAACGGAGAGUGUUUGAAAAAACCCAGAGGGCCUCUUUUUGUUCCAGCAUUGAGAUCAUCGUGCGAGACCGACUUGGAGUGUUUGCCGAAUGCUAUUUGCUUGCAAAACGGAACGGCGUCGAAUCCAAGGUUAAAGAUAUGCACGUGUAAAGACGGGUUCAUCGAGGAAAACGAGGCUUGCAAUUAUGCCAGCCUUUUGACUUUCAACUACGCUGCCAUCUUGGUGACAGUCCUUGCUUCUUGGUUUUGGAAUGAACGCUUACCUUAGAGUCGUCUUUACUGAUGUAGAAAAAAGUUUAUGCACAAUUUUUUUCAUUAAUUUUUUUCCACUGAAUUAUUAAGUACCGAUGUAAUCUUAUAUUUACAAUAUAUUUAUUAUUAAUAUUUUACACAAACAACACGGCGAGUUAUAUUUAAUUGUAUUAAUUACAAUAUUGGUGUACCUAAUAUUUAAUAUUUUUAUCAUUAUGUAAUAAUACGUUUUUAAUGUACCUAACCUAAUUAUUACAAGCAUACAAAUGUUUAUUAUGUGAAACAACAGUGAUACAAACUAACAACACAUUGCUCAUUUUUGCAGGAUUAUAUGGGUUUCAGCUAUUUCUUAUUAUUAAUAAACUUAUUUAAAUAAUUAUUCGAAGGCCAAACGAAUAUUUAAACGACGGUGCACUUAAGUAAUAAAAAAAAUAUAUAUUUGUCAUCAUCCAUACUCUUUAUAAAACAGUUUCAACUUACUCAGCUACUAUUCAAACUUGUAAUAACAAUACUUACUUAUUGUUUCAAUUGUUUUUUUAAUUUACCAUCAUGUUAUUAUGAGAAAUCAGUAAAUAUGUUUUGAAAAUAAAAAUGAGCAUUGAAAGGUUAAGAUCGAAAACAAUGGUCACUAAGAUGAAUUUUUAUACCAAAUUAAGAUAAGAUAAGACGAAAAGUUAAUAUUAUAUUUUUGUUAUCGCUGAUUAACUAUAAUCAUCAUACCUUACAAAAUGUAUACUUUGGGUAAAAACCUGCUAUUACUUUAAAAUAAAAAUACA